GGCGCAGGAGGGCACGAGGAAUUAAACAGACCUUCGCGCAGGCGCAUUUCAUUGUUUUGACUGAAAAUGCCGUCGGUUUCGAAAACGGCGGCGAACGCUUUUCCUCAAACCGAGAAACCAACCCACUAUACAUAUUUGAAGGAGUUCAGAACCGAACAGUGCCCUCUAUUUUUGCAGCACAAGUGCACACAACAUAGACCCUUUACAUGUUUUCACUGGCAUUUCCUCAACCAGAGGCGAAGACGACCAAUUAGAAGAAGAGAUGGGACUUUUAACUACAGCCCUGAUGUUUAUUGCACGAAAUAUGACGAGACUACGGGAAUUUGCCCUGAUGGAGAAGACUGUCCCUACUUGCACCGGACCACUGGUGACACAGAACGCAAGUACCAUCUUCGCUAUUACAAGACUGGUACCUGUAUCCAUGAAACUGAUGCCCGCGGGCAUUGCGUGAAGAAUGGCCUGCACUGCGCAUUUGCUCAUGGCCCACAUGAUCUCCGGCCACCUGUCUACGAUAUAAGAGAGAUCCAGGCACAGGAAGCCCUUCAGAAUGGUCAGUUGGGUUCUGGAGAGGGUAUUCCUGAUCUUCAGCCUGGGGUACUAGCCAGUCAAGCCAUGAUUGAAAAGACCCUAACCGAGGACCCUCGGUGGCAGGACACCAAUUUUGUUUUGGCAAACUACAAAACCGAGCAGUGUACCAAGCCUCCACGACUAUGCAGACAGGGCUAUGCCUGUCCCCACUACCACAACAGUAGAGAUAGAAGACGAAAUCCACGCAAGUUCAAAUACAGGUCAACUCCAUGUCCCAACGUGAAACAUGGAGAUGAGUGGGGGGAGCCAUCGAAGUGUGACAGUGGAGAUAGCUGCCAAUACUGUCAUUCACGCACAGAGCAGCAGUUCCACCCAGAGAUCUACAAAUCCACCAAAUGCAAUGACAUGAGGCAAACUGGGUAUUGUCCUCGAGGUCCCUUUUGUGCUUUUGCACAUGUAGAAAGGAUUCCGUCAGAGGAGACAAUGAACUCACUGCUAACAGCAAUGCAGUCGGGCUCGCAGGCCAAGCUGGGCUCUCAGCAGUAUUCAGAGUGUUCGGUCAGCGAGUGGGGCAACGGUGCGAACUCGAUCAGCUGCAGCAACAACGGUCAAGUGGGGAAUGUUUCAUGUUCUAAUAGUCCAACUGUAACACCAAGCUCAGGAAGCAACAGUUCAUUGUCCCCAAUUGGACCCAUCGGCAGUCCUACUUGCUUAACUAAUGGUAGCUUAUGUUCAGAGUCCACCACGUCCAGUGUGUCAUCUCUGACGUCUAACUAUCCCAAAGCUCCGGGCUUUGAACGUGAGGAUCAGAUAAAGAACCACAAGGGACAUUGCGAUCAGAAGAUGAUGGACCAAGACAAGCAGACACACAAUAGUGUAUUCUCUGGGAUGAACCCUCUGGCAUCCAGCAUAACCUCCAGUAUAACAUCUAGUCUGGCAUCCAGUGUUGGCUCUGAUAGUUCUUCACCCACCACCUUAUCAACAAUGAAUGCAAAAGCAACUCCAUUCUAUCCUGGGAGCAAUACUGUGGAGUCAGUUAUAGGUUCUGCUCUUGACCUGAAUUUUUGUGACAUCAAUGUUGCGUCUCUUGAUAAAGAGUUUGAGGAACAAGAAAACAAUAGUCUUGGUUUAAGUCAACGGAUGUUGGGAGGAUCUGCUCCAGUCAACAUUCCUGGCUCUCUUGCACGGUCCUCUUCAUUGAAUUCCAACUCAUCCCUCUCUGCCUCUCCUCUGAGUUCCCUGUCCCAGUCCCUAUCCCAGUCCCUGCUAUCAGGAAUGGCUCCUCAGCAGAGUCAGUCUCAGGGCCUGCUAACUAAACCUGAGCAUGGCCUUCUAGGAACACCCACCUCCUCUCAAAACUCUCUGGGUUUGAAUGGGGGAGCUAACAAUAUAUGGGACUUUGUGAGUGGCAGCUUUUCUCCCAGCCCGUCGCCAGUGUUCAGCAGCCUUGGCUCCACUACUGUGAGCAGCAGCACUGAUCUGAAACGGCUCUUAAGAGAGCUGGAGGAGGCCAAGAGGAAGAUCAAGCAGUGGGAAGAGGCUUGGCACCAGGUCAAACAGGCAUGCGAGGCCUGGCAGAAAGACUCCCGUGAUGCAAAAGAACAAGCAAAGUCGGCCGAGGCAGAGCGGCAGCUGGCAGUGCAGAAACGAGAGGACACAGAGCGCAAGCUAAAAGAGCUCCAGGGUGACUUUGACGUUGUGUGUCGGUCCCCUGGCACACUCCUGCUACGAAGCUAUGGAGACCUGGACCAGCUCCCUUUACCAAAGCUCCACUCCAUCCAGAGCCAGUUGCGCACAGACCUAGACCUCAUAGACGGGGUAAUAUAUCAGCUUCAGUCAAAGAAAUGUAUAGUUUGCCAAAAGCACGAUCGUUGCAUAGUCCUGCAGCCUUGCCAACAUUAUGUACUUUGUGAGAACUGUGCACCUAGUAAAACAGAAUGUCCAUACUGUAAGUCAAAAAUAUUGAAGUGGUGAUGUACAAUUAUUCAAGGUACUAUUUAAGGAAUUAGCUCUUCAAAUAACUACUAAACCAUAUAUAAAUUAUGCUUACUUUUUCUAAAUUAAUUGUGUGUUUCAGUAUUUCAUUUAGUGAUUAAAAUAAAAGUUUAAUUAGAACUACAUACAGCUGUGGCCAAAUAUAUAUGAACACCCCGCACUCUUGAAUAGUUCCCUAUUUAUUCUAGAAUACGUCUAAACCAAUAAAACAGUAUCUUACAACACCUUUAUUUGUUUUUCAACAUUGCAGAACCAGUUUUAAUUUAUAAACUUAAGUUUAAAAUGUUUGUUUAAAAAGUAAAGUUAAAUGACAUGGACUAAAGUGUAGACAACCUGCUACUAGUAUGCGGUUGGAUAGACUUUGGGCCAAGUGUAGACAAACAUUUCUUCACUAGCCACCCCAGAACAGUCCAGCAUAUCUGCUAAACUGUUCCUUGUUGUGUUUUAAUGUGUGUUUGGGGUUUUUCUCUGGCUUAAAAAAAAACCCUGUCCUACAGUGAAGACUUUUGGAUACUAGGUUUCCCCAUUUACCUCUAGAACACCUGACAGUGCAUUUCAUGAUACCUUGCGCACAUAAAAGACCCCCAGUACCAGAGCCAACAAAGCUUCCUAACAACUUCAUACUGUCUUCUCCAUAUUUGAUUGUAGGGAGUGUUCUUUAAAUUGAAUGCUACACACUGAUCUGCAUUGGAAAAGUGUCUGCUUGUCUUUCAGUGUUCCAUAGAAUAUUUAGUCCUAGAUUUAGUCCUUGUUUAGGUUAUUUCUUUUGAAGAUCAUUCAUGUUCGUUGGGUUUCCUUUUGUUGAUUUACAAUCAACCAAAUUUAGUGUUCAGAGCAAACAAUGCCUUUAUGAAGUUAUGGGUAUGUUUUAAAAUACGGUGGGGUUGACUAUCUGCUUUCAAUGUUGGAGCCCUUCCAUUAGCAGAUUGUAAAGGUGUUUUGGAGUGCAAUUUUCAUGCACUGUCCAGCGAAACAGCAACCCCAAACACAUACAAUUCUUCAAACUUUGAACAAUUAGAUUAAAUAUUGCUGCUGAAGAGCUGAUCAAAUUGACAGUCGAAAGGUGCAACAAAAAUAAAACUGGUUCUAGGUUCUUGGUCACAACUAGGUUUUUGGUCAUUUCCAAAAUAAAAUUGGUUCUGCAACUGGUAUGAAGGCUAAAAGUGUUUUAGAAGAAAUCAAGAAAAGUGCAUGGGUGACAAUGUAUUUGGCUGCACAUUUAUUUUGUAUCGUGAUGGAUCACUUACAUUUUCCAAAUAGUUAGGGUAUCAAUAAUUCAGAUAGUCCUAAUUUGACUGUUCAUCACUAACAUAUCAGUCAAAUGUUAUUGUGAAGAUUGAUUUCUUGUUAAAGCACUUUGUUCACUUGGGAAUUUGUUAUAGGGUAUUUUCAAAAUUAGCUUUGAGCUGCUUUGUAGACUUUGUUUCUUAGAUUACUUUUUUCCCCUUAUAAAUAUGCUAAUGUUAAAGGAGAAUUUUGCUCUUUUAGAUUGUUACUUAACCUUAAAGUAGGCCAAUAUAAAUAGUAGUUUAUGGUUCACUUUUAUUUAGAUUGCCAUUAUAAAUGUGAAAAAUUUUCAUGUUUAUGGCCAAAACACCUUUAAGUAACAUCUAACCAAAUAUGGUUGUGACUGAGGUUAGCUGAUGCUGGUGAUGUCUAAAAUAAACUGAACCAGAUAUAACACAUUCUUCAGGAUGAGGAACAAUCUAACAUCAGGUUGUAAAUGUUGAAAUUCUCCUUUAAAGCUUGUGUGUGUACUGUGAAACAUACUAGAAUAUUUCAUGUUUCCUAUUGUCAAAUCAUGGUAUAGUUCUAUAUAUCUUGUUAUUUUUCAUAGAAAAUUACUUAACAAUAGUUUCUACUUCCAUUGUUUAAUUAAACAUUUUCAAUCAAAUAAGUGCAAACUUUUGAAUGCAUUUUAAGGCAUAACCAGCAGCUCUAAUAUCAGUACGGCACAUACAUGUAAGCUAAAGCAGUUAGGCGAUCAAUUAGUCUGUAUUUUAGUAAGUUCUGAAUUGUUCAUUAUGUAGUUGUUAGAGGAGCAUGUCUUGUAUGUACAGACGUCUAACAUGGUGAAUUUUAUAGGAUUCCUACUAGCCUCUCAAACAUGUAUAGAACAUAUCUGAUACCUGGCCUCUACUCUCAAGUGCCUUGCCGUAGAUGGUAACCAUGAGUGUCAACAUUUAGGAUUGUUGUAAAAGCAGACACAGGUAGUCAAAGCUUGUGCUCACAUUUCUGCAAAAUAUGUCUAUUUUUUACUUUGCAUUAGAUGUAUCCACCAUAGGGUAUUCAACGUUUACCCUACAAGGUCCAGAUCCUGCUGCUUUUCUUUUCUGAUAAUAAAUGGCACGCACCUGAAGUCCUGGGUCUAAGUCAGGCCCUGAUUCGAGGGUUACAAUGAGAAGAAAAUGCAGUGGAACUGGCCUAAAGUUCCAGAGUUGAUUUUGAGGGCCGUACAGUAUAUCGGCUCAAUCCUAUGUCAAAGUAUUUGAUAAGAUUUAUAGGUGUAUGAAGUAAGAAACCUUGUCAGUGCCUAUGUUCUGGCAAGCUUACAACAAAGCCAAUUGAAAUGUAUUUUCGUAACAGGCAAUGGUGCUUUUUUUUGGUGCAGCUUCAGUAUCAUUAAAAUGACCAUCUUUGAUUUAAUGUUUGGGAGUAUGCAAGCAAAGAAACCGGAAACAACUGUAUGGUCUUGUCUAAACGAGAUAAAUACAGGCUCUGCUAUACAUUUGAAGUGUUUGUGGAAAGAUGCAUAAUUCUGUAGUGUUUACAGAAGAAAUAAGUGGUGUUAAACAUGUACGUUUUUUUUUUUCUCUCUCCCAAGUAUGACAGUGUAAUGUGCUUAGGUUAAUCUAAUUGAAAUGACCUUCUACUGUGUUAAAAAAAUGUUUUUAUUUUUCCUGUUUAUAUUGUGAUGUCUGUAUAUUCACAGCAGUUAGUAUGUUCAUUAAGAAAAACAUAUUUCCAGGUACACGUUUUGCAGUGUAAUUAUAAAAAUGGGGAAAGUAAAUUGUUUACAUGGAUGGUAAUUAAGUAACUCAGAGAAAAGCUAAAUGUGUGUUUCUCCUAAAAUCCAAAAAAUCAUAGGUAUUACCUUGUAUUGUGUUCCCUUGUGGUAAGUUAAAAUGGCAGGCAGAAAUUUGUAUUGCAUGCCUUAAGCCUUGUAUGCAUCAUACGUUAACCAGCUAAAUAUCUAGAUCACACUGCCAGAUUUAUUUGUAUUGUCAGUCUAGCAUACUGUAGAAUUGGUUACUUCACUUCUGCAAAUCUUUGCUGCAGCUGAGAGAAGGGUAUACGAGUAGUCAUAAUGUUUUUAGAGGCUUGAAUGUUAUUGGGCAUACAUUUUCCUAAAUUAUCACUGAGAUAAACACUAAUAUGCUUUACUUGAGUUCUUUCUAUCAAAACAGUGUAAUAUGUGUCCUUUUGACUAACAUUCAGUGGAACAUGUCAUGAUGUCUUAUAACGUUUGCUUUACCAAAUUUAUAACAUAAUGCUUCAAGUUCAAGUAAAGCACCAGUCAAAGACUCUUUGGAUCGAAACUCAUCUUUGAUUACGUUAUGUUAAUUUUCAUCUCUUAGAAUCAUUGUUGCAGGCAUACUGUAGAUGUACAGUGUAUUUCGGUAGAAUGUGUUGAUUCCUUAAUUGGUUUGUGGAGAAUCCUAAUAAUGUUACUGGGCUACUGUAAAUGGUGCAUUCUAAUAACAUGCGCACGCCAACUAAAAAUAACUUUUUUUUGGUGAAGCCAACUUUGUUAAUGCGUACUUGGCUCAAAUGAACCAAAGUGUUGUAGUUUCUUGUAGUUACAAAAUUUACAAUUAGUGAUAUUCUCUUCUAUGUUUCAAUGACAGAAAGAGGAGAAAACUAUGCCAACUGCUUUUGCUCACAAUUGUAAUGGACUAAGCCCAUUAGUAGUUUUACCAAAGACCUUUACUGUUAUUGAUAUUGUUUCCUUUAUUUUUAUAACUGUAUUUCAUUUUGUUUAGCAUUCUAAGCAAAUUGUUAGAAACCUAAUGUGAAACAAACCAAACUUACUGUAGUAACUUACAUAGAUUGGGGUGUGGAUUUACAGACACAAACGGCAUCUCUGGCCCUUUUGUAAAACAAGCAGAAUAUUAAACAAUUUGAGUUUUUAAAUUGGCAGUUUAAUUCAGUGAAGGAAUUUCAGAAGGGAGUGAAAUUUGUGUUGAUAUUCCUAAGUGGCCAUUUAGACUAUUUUGAAGUUGUUUCUCUUUUCUACAUGUUGAUGGUUGUGCACUACUUGUAUGCGGUCAGGAGUAUAAAGAGUUCACUGACUAUGGUGCUUUCUUUAGUUUCAUUUGACUGGUGUUUUCUUAACGAUUUUAAAUAUUUACUCUAUGGAAUGAAUUCAAUAGUGGAUAAUGUGUUAAUUGGUUGUACAAGUCAUUGACUGGUAAAAUAACCGAGGAAAGUGAUUAUUUAAACCAGCAUCUAUGGCAUAUACAGACUUGAGUAGGUUUAUGGUGCAGGUGUUAUUUAAUGAAAAUAUUUCACUUGUUUUUGGUCCUUUGCCCUUCUGAGUAUCUCCCUUUUGGCUUUUGUUGUACUAACAGAAAAUUAUAUUUUUAAUAAUAUGGCUCAGUCAUUCCAUGUUAAGGCCAUAUUAGUCAAUUUUCUUUCCUAUGGACCAGUUUGGCUUUUAAAUACAUCUGUGCCUUUAUGAUGUUAAAAUGUGAUAUUUUAAUUGCGAUUGGAAGAGCAUUUAUAAGAAUAUGAUGGGUAACAUAAUUUAUAUAGGGUUGUUACAUUACAGGAAAGCCAAAAAAUAAUCAGAAUCCCAGUGCCUUCAGAUAAUUGUAUUGAUCGAUAGUCUAACCAAUUUAAAUCUGUGGUUGUUACCCUUCACCUGAUUUAGAAUAAUCCCUUUGAGUGGUGAAAUUUGUUUUGUCGCUCUGAAAAGUUAUGAAUGUAAAGAUGUACAAUUAGCGAUUAAUGAGAAAAUGGUUGUUUGGAAUAAGACUGAUUUAUUUGGUAGAGACCUUGAACAAUGAAUCAUGCCUCUUCUUCUCAGUCUGUAUUUGCCAUAUCAGGAGUAUGCUUCAUUGUCUAUAACCCAUACAUAAUUCCACCUAUACUCAACUUCAUUGGCACGAGAAAAACCAGACAAUUACUGUUAAAGAAAAGCACCAAGUAGAACUUGUGUAAAUGAACUGUAAUUGAGAUUUAUCAUAAUGCUCUGCAGUGGAAUACCCUAUAAUCUAUUUUGCAUUCCUGUGAAGUGUUUUUGUUUCCAUGUUUUAUUAAUAUUGUGAUUAUGGAACCUAAAGAUUUUAUGCAAUCUUGUACAUACAUAAAUAUAAUGUAUGACACUGUUCAAAUUUAGUAUGAGAAAAUGCCUAUUGAAGCAUAGAACUUUUGUAAAACAUGAAAUUAAAGUCUGAAUAGAUGGAACCACUUGUUCCCAAUAGUUAAUUUCAAUAUGUUAAUUUAAUACAGAAACCCUGAAAUAUUGAAUGUACCGUUCUAAAUUAGAUAUUUAAUAGGUCACUGGAAUAAUGUGGAGAGCAGUUAAUCCAUUAUGAUGUAGCAUCUAGUUUUGUGAAUUGCUUUACAAUAAAAUAAAUGUAUAAGACAUAAACAAG